UCCCCUUACUCUGUGUUUGACUCGUGUUUUUUUCGUAAUACACUUAACGAUUUCCCAGUGAUUUUAUUAAUGCAUCCGAACAAUAAUCAUUUUUAUUAUUCAGAACUCAAUAACAUUAUUAUGGCCACAAUUUGUAUCUCUCCAAUUACUCUUAGGGGGUUGGGUGGCUGAAUGGUUAGCACGUGCGCGCUGUACCAUAAAGUCUGUCAUUGAGUCAACUGUCGUGGUUUCGAUUCCCCAGUUCUAAGUGACAAGGAGUAGGGUCGCCUGUCCAACCUCGUGGGUUUUCUCCGGGCACUCCGGUUCCCUCCCACUGCUAAAGACCCCUACGCGCAAGCGAUUUAUGGAAAUAAAAUUGAACCAUAUGUUAGUCCCGAAAUGACCUAGUCUGUGUCGAGUGGACGUUAAACCCCAUUUCUCUCUCUCUCCCAAUUACGCUUGAUUAACAGGUCUCUAAAUUUAACCCGACCCGAAUAUCCCACAUCCAUCAGUGGUGUAAUAUGAGUUAUAUUCAGCUGUUUAUUUAUUUGUUUGUUUCAGAUCAAACUCAUACAUGUUGUGCCACCGGUUAUGGUGUUAGUAGCUAAAUCACCAGAAGUUAAAAAGUAUGACCUGACGUGUGUUAGAAAGGUCAUGUGUGGAGCUGCCCCUUUAAGUAAAGAUAUAGAGUUGAAGGUCAGAGAUAUAUUACAGAUUGACUUCAUAUCUCAAGCCUAUGGAUUGUCCGAGUGUUUAAAUACAAAUAUAAAUACAGAAACACAUCACAGAGAAGGUUCUGUAGGCAGAAAUUUUGCAGGCAUACAGACAAAGAUCAUUGAUACAGAUACUGGUAAAACUCUUGGUGUAAACGAAGAUGGCGAAGUUUAUAUCCGAGGACAUCAAGUUAUGCUGGGAUAUUUGAACGAACCGGAAGCAACAUCGGCCAUGAUUGGUCGUGAUGGAUGGGUUAAAACGGGUGAUGUAGGUCAUCUAGACGAAGAUGGUUUUCUGUAUAUAGUUGACAGAUUUAAGGAAUUGAUUAAAUAUAAAGGUCACCAGGUGGCGCCAGCAGAAUUAGAGGCUUUACUACUAAAACACCCCGCUAUUGCUGACGUAGGUGUUAUUGGUGUACCAGAUGACGAGGCUGGAGAACUCCCGAAAGCCUUUGUGGUUCUUAAAAAUCAUUCAAAAGUAACUUCUAGUGAUAUUCAUAAUUAUGUCCAAGAAAAUGCAGCAUUUUACAAGAGACUUAGAGGUGGUAUUGAGUUUCUAGAAGAAAUUCCCAAGAGUGCUAGUGGAAAGAUUUUAAGACGUGUUUUACGGAAUAGAACAAUACGUAGCAAAUAAUGAUUUAAUAAGUUUGUUAAAUUAAAAUACACAUAUUAUCCUUUAUUAGUCCGGGAGCUGGGUGGGAUUUGUUCAACAUGGAAGGUAAGGAAGAUUUGGGAUGCUAGUGGAGACCCUAGAAAACCAAUUCUUAAGUUGCACUUUAACAUGGAAGGUGCAUGUUUCACUCCAAUCGCAUUUGAUAGACAGAGUUCAAGAGGAAACUUAGCAUUCCGGACAUACUGUACCGCUUGUCAUUCAUUUUGUAUCAUCAUUGGUCACAUCUUCUGUUCCUAAGUUCAUUAACCACCACAAUAGUCAUACUUAUGUUAGCUGUUGUGAAUCGUAUGAUCAUUCCCUACAUUCCACACCUUGUUCCAAUGUCGCACCUUUCAUGUUAAUUAAAUUUCUAAUAAGCGGUCAUUCGGUGCAAACCAUCAUUAUUCUCUUCUUAAGUACACUGGCCACCAGAAAUUUCAUACAUAAGUUGAUGAUAAUGAUUUCUGAUAUCAUUUCGUACAAUAUAGGCUUGGUUUCACACCCACACCUUUCAUUUUUUGAUUAAAUUUUAAUUACCCAUGGGGUUAGUUUUGAGAUUAUGUCAUACCUAUAGCUAAAACUUCAUAUUUUUGCUCCUAAAAACACGAGAUAACGGAAAAAUAGUUCUAAGCAAAAUCGAAAAAAUGCUAUUUAGCGACCUUUGACUUCUUGUGACAAUAUUGGGUCUUUAAAUCAGGUUCUGGAUGACAAGACUGGUUUAAUAUCUUACAAUACUUUUAUUCUGCUUCUUAUAUAUCACGUACAAACAUCGUAAUGUUAAAGACACCCAGAACUAACUUGUAUUGAGGGAGCCAUGUCCUAGCUUGGCUAGGCACGAGUGUGCCAACUCCCAGACCCUCUCCCUCGUUCCGUUUCCGAUCGUGCCCAUGGCCUUCUUCUUAUGUGACCUUUCCAUCAAAAAUCACAUUCUUAAGUUCUAUUUCCUAAUUCUGGGCACAUUCCUCUAUCAAAUGCGAUUGACGUGUAACUUGCACCUUCCAUGUUAAAUAAACCAAGUUUGGGGGUACUAUGGGAGUCUCCCUCAACCAGACCCACCACUGGCGCAACUAAUAAUUAUAAGAGAUUAACGAUUGGGUGGAUUUAUUUAAUCCCUAUUAAUGUGUGUUUUUUUUUUAUCGGUGUAUGGUUUCCUUCCCCUAGUUUUCGAUUUCUUGCCUGUGCGGUAACCCUUUCCAUCUUGUAGUUAUGGUUUCACCUGCUAAUUAGUGUUUAAUUGUUAUCUAUAUAUUGCUAUAUCUUAUCUCGUUAAUCUCUUAUAAUUAUUAGUUUGAUCUGCUAAAUUCAAAUAAUGUCUAAUUGUUAUCAAUACAUUACAGUAUUUCAUCUUGUUAAUCCUUUGUAAUUGUUUAUCCAUAUUAUUACUUCUCUCAUCUUGUUAAUUCUUAAUUAUUGAUUAAUCUGUUACAUUGUUUCCAAUUGUUAACUAUAUA